CAUGGCCUGAAAUGUGAACGACAAGAACUUUUUUCACAUAAACACUUGUUAUGGCAUCUUCAAGAUCCAUGACAACACCUGGUAGUGCAGGGAAAAAGAGUGGCCAACAUAAAUCAGUGAAAAGUUCGACAGAAACUUUAAUGAAUACAAAACCUCAAAAGCUAUCACGACCAUCUGAUAAGCUUAAUCCAAAGACUGUUAAUCCAUUUGCAGCUACCACAAAAAAUCAGUCUGCUUUUGCAUCUGUUUAUAUGACUGGGGGUCUUCCUUGCAGAUUGGUCCAUGGUUCUGUGAAACACAAGUUACAGUGGUCCACUCCACCUGAUGAACUUCCAUUUGAUCCAGUUCUAGUCACUCUUGCUGAUGGCCUGAAGGAGACUGUACAUCCCUAUACAUUUGUGUCUCGGGUUGGCUUCCAGGAAAUGUUAGAGGUGGAUGGAGCUCAGCAGAAAGUCCUGCCUGUCUUGCCAAAAAUCACUUUUUCCAUAAGAGCUGCACUGAGCCACAAAGAAAACUCAGUGUUUGAGGGAGGCCUUGAUGCAUUAGUACAGUUGAGUGAUGUUGUGGGACCAGAGCUUAAUCAACAUCUCAAGACAAUAUUAGUACCAGUAUCCAAGAGAAUGAUGGACAAGAAAUAUAAGGAUCGUAUUACUGAAGUGGUGCAGCGUUUGGAACAAAAUGGUGGAAAGGACUCACUUUUGAUUCUGAAGUCCAAAAUCCCUACUUACUCCUCCAUAUUUACCUGAACUCUCUGUUUUAUGCAUCAGAGGAUAAAGGAACUCCAUCCCAGGAAAAGCAUUAUUCAGCUUCAGACAAAGCCUUCUUUCUAUACAUAAUCUCAAGUUCUGAAAUACAUGUAGUUUGGUUAGUUUGGUGCUAAUACCUAGUAAGGGUUGAAUAAUCUCUUAUUGGUUUUUUUAUAGUAGAUUUAUAGAUUGAAUUAAAAUUUGUGCACAAUAAUUUCUGAACAACAUUUUGUGUGAUUUAUUGAAGUUCAAUUUCUUUGGGAAAAAAGUGGAGAAUUUUAUUUCCAUAUUUGUCAUCAGUGGCAUGUGAACCACCAAAAAAGUAUUGAUAUAAUGAUAAUUUUUAACAUAAUCGAGUUACACUUGUAUUUUCUUUGUUUAUUUGUUGUUUUGUUGAAAACAUUAUCAAUGACAAUGAAUUUCCAGUUUUACACAGAAUUGGUUUGAGCCACACUUGUCAGCUUUUUAUAUUGUGUGAAAAUAUAUAUUUAUCUAACUCAGUGAUUUAAAGGUUUUAAAUCAUGUUUUUAUUUAUCACAUUGCUCAUCACACAAUAAUGUCAAUUUCUAUAUUUCAUAGGAAAAAAAAAUACGAAUUAAAGUUAUGAAUAGUG